CCCCACUCCCCACAUAUAUAAAUUUCGUCCUCAACAAAAUCAAUAAAUCCAGAUCUCCAAAACCACCCGUUUUCUCCAAAAACUUAAAAAAAAAAAUAAAAAAAAUAAAAAUGGGUGCAUACAGAGCAGACGAUGAUUACGAUUACUUGUUUAAAGUAGUUCUAAUAGGGGAUUCUGGUGUUGGCAAAUCAAAUCUGUUGUCUCGAUUCACUAGAAACGAGUUCAGCCUUGAGUCAAAGUCAACUAUCGGCGUUGAAUUCGCUACUCGUAGUAUUAAAGUCGAUGAUAAAGUUGUCAAAGCUCAGAUUUGGGAUACUGCUGGUCAAGAACGAUACCGUGCCAUUACAAGUGCAUACUACCGAGGCGCAGUUGGUGCAUUGCUUGUCUAUGAUGUAACACGACAUGUCACCUUUGAGAACGUAGAGAGGUGGUUAAAGGAGCUUCGUGAUCAUACCGAUUCCAACAUUGUCAUCAUGCUUGUGGGAAACAAAUCUGAUCUGCGCCAUUUAAGGGCUGUGACAACCGAGGAUGCCAAAACAUUUGCCGAAAAAGAAAACACUUACUUUAUGGAAACAUCUGCACUUGAAUCACUCAAUGUUGAAAAUGCCUUCACAGAAGUUCUAACUCAAAUCCAUCAAGUGGUCAGCAGAAAAGCUCUUGACAUCGGUGAUGAUUCAGCCGCUUUGCCCAAAGGAGAGACAAUUAAUGUUGGCAACAAGGAUGAUGUGUCGGCCCUGAAAAAAGCUGGCUGCUGUUCUACUUAGAUGGAGAAACAGCUGCAUUCUUUGUAAGUUUAAUUUACUAUGUGAAAUACUGAAUAUUUCAGUUCAUCAUAUUUAAGCCCGUUUGAUUAAUACUAAGUACGGGGUUUUAUGAGAUUAUCGGGAACUACAUCAUUAAGCUUGAGCCAAAACUGCGACUGAAGAACUGUUUUUAUGCUUUGAUUUUAAUGUUAUAGUUGUGAGUAACUUCAUAGUGUAGGUGAAUAUUUGACUAUCUAAGUGGUGAAUGUGGUUUUUGGCAUUCGAAAUGUAUCAAAUAUUUAAUUUCGAUUCAAGUACUUUUGUUUGUUAGACUUGACAUCUGUGAACAAAGUGAAGCUUUACCAAA